AAAAUAUGCUGAUACAUUUUGUUUAUCCUUUUUCAGCAGAAGACAUUAGAGAAUUUCAAGAACAUUAUCCUAUUAUCUUCGCCACAGGUAACAAAAUGCACCGAGGAAAACGAUUCAGAGAUGUGGAGUUCCAGCAGUCUCAGGUGGGAUCUUCUUCUGCUCAGUCCAUGCGAUCCCAGCAGCCCCAGCAGCACGAGUCCGAGUCUCAGCAUGAGUUCCAGUCUCAGCAACAUCCAGGCCAGGAGGUUAUGGAUGACUUGCAUAUCCAAGAUGAACAAGUGAGAGUGAGGUUGACACGGGGUUCCUCUCGAUCACGGGAUGUGUGGCAGCUUCGUGAGGAUGAGAAGAUGGUCGUCGAAUGCAACGAACUAGGGCAGCCCAUCAAGAGGGCUGGAUGCCUUUUAUCAAGUUUCUUAGGAUCAGUUGCGCGUAGGGGUCAGUUGUGUCCGCUCAACUAUCAUAAGUGGAAUGAUAUGCUUCCUUCUUAUAAAGUUGAGCUUCUUAAAUUUGUACAGAAAAAGUUUGUGCUCCCUCCAGAGAGCCAUGAUUGGGUGCUAAAGUCCCUCAACCGCAAAUGGAAAGAAUAUAAGUCGAAGUUGAAGGCCGACUGGAAGCGCGAGGGUAUGACAGAGGAGGAGGUUGCUCGUGUUUGUCCUCCUGAUGUAUACCAUCAUCAGUGGAGGGAGCUUGUUUACUAUUGGUUUUCCGAGAGAGGACAGACAUAUUCUGACAUUGGUCGAGCCGCACGAGCAUCUCAGACAAUUCCUCACACUUCAGGCUCGAAGAGUUAUGCGAGGCUCAGAGCUGAAUUCAUGGAAGACCAUGGGAGAAAACCUGGUGAGGUGGAGUUCUAUAAGAUGACUCACACCCACCGAGAUGGCAGCUUUGUCCGAGAGGAGUCGAGAGAUAUAGUUGACAGAGCUACAUCCCUUAUUUCAGAGCGUAUCGGAGAGUCAUCUUCAAUCGGCAACACCAGAGGUGUCGAAGCUCAGGUGUUUACCGAGUUGAUGGGCUCGGAGCGUUAUGGUCGAGUGAGGGGUUAUGGCGUUGGAGUUACCCCCACUCAGUUGUCUGCAGUGGGUAGAUAUACUCAAGAUGUUAGACAGAGUAGUAGCACUGCAGAGGUUAAUGAUCUGAAGGCAGAGAUAAAAGAGUUGAAGCAGAGCCACCAGACAGAGAUGCAAUCUUUGAGGGCUCAGAUUAAUCAGAUUACAUCUUUGUUGCAUCAGUUUGUCCCUCCUCAGGUUCCUGAUAGUUCAUCUGCACGUAGAGAUGGUGAUGCUAUCGACCCCUGAAGCAUUUAUUUUGGAGUUUAUAUGUAUUUUUUUAUGCUUUUUGAAGUACAUUGUAAACGUAAAUUGAUAGUAUGAAUGUAAUUUGACAAUAUGAAUGUUUAGAUAAAUAUGUUUGAUUUUGUGUAUA